AUGCUUCGUGCGAAUCCAGUAUUCUGUGACGUCAUCGUAUCAGAAGAAAGCGACGCCAUAGAAACAGACAUCCACGAAGAAGAAGUCUUAACGCCACAUGAAUUAGGUCUAAUAGAUUUAUCCGAUUGCCAUACCGCAAAGCAGUACAAGAAACGCAUUGUCUCAUUGUUGAAAGCUAUUCAGGCCCGAACAAGAAGAAUAGAAAAAAUUGACAAAAAAAUCCUGGACAUAGAAGAGAAAGGUUUAAAUACCAAGAACAAAAAGUUCCACACCGCGAUGCAUGUAGAAAAACUUGGUUUACAGGAAAGAAUACAGAAAUUAAUAGACAUUCUAAAUAUGGCCCAAGACAAGUUGAAAGAAUUCGGCGAUGAAGGUCGAGGCCAAGAAAAAAGUAAAAGAGAUAAAAAGAAACUUGACACUUUAAAAGAAAAAGAAACCUCAAAGAAAGAAGGUAGUCAAAUGAAAAAGAGAGAAAUAAAAGUAGUUGAGACGUUAGAGCCCGCAUUGGAAGUGCCCAGUGCUAAGGACUUCUGGUCUGCUAGUGGCGACAGUUUGAUGCAGAAUGAAAAGGAAGAAGAAUCCAGUAGCAGCGAGGAUGAGGAACAAGAACAACCUAAAAAGAAACGCAAGAAACUGACCGUCGCCGAGAAGUUGUCGAAAGUUCGCGAGGAGGAAGAACGCGUGCGCGAAAUGGAACGACGCGCAAUCGAGAGCGAGGCGCAGCCGCGGUCCAGCGAACAGUUUGAACGGGCGUUACUGGCCAGCCCCGAUUGCAGCCAGCUGUGGAUCGCUUACAUGGCCUUCCACUUGCAGGCAACGGAGAUCGAGAAAGCGCGCGCGAUAGGCCGCAAAGCGCUGAACACGAUAUCAUUCCGCGAGGAGCAAGAGAGACAGAACGUGUGGCUCGCUUUGCUCAACUGUGAACACCGCUUUGGUACUAAGGAAUCCCAACAAAAAACGCUAGAAGAAGCCCUCCAAAUGAAUGAACCAUUUACAAUCCACUCGAAGCUUCUCGACAUCCUAGUCGAGACCGGCAAGCAACAAGAGCUUGCCUCACUCGUAGACUUGAUGUUCAGGAAGUACAGACGAGAACCGGCAAUGUACCUCGUUACUGGAAAGGCGUGCUUUAAACUCGCUUUGAUUGAUAAAGCCAGGCAUGUUAUGCAGAAAGCACUGGCGCUACUUGAAAAGAAGGAACACGUGUCAAUUCUGGUGCAAUUCGCCCUAAUGGAACGGCAAUACGGCGCUCCCGAACGUGCCGAAGCUCUGUUCGAACAGGUGCUUGCCGUCUACCCGCAGAGGGUCGACGUGUGCGGCGUCUACGUCGACAUGCUUGUCAAGGCUGGGGAGGUGGACAGAGUCAGACAAGUAAUGGAGCGAAUGACGUCCCAAAAGUUGCCCGCGCGCAAGAUGAAGGCCAUUUUCAAGAAAUGGAUCGAAGCGGAAGAGAAGAUCGGCGAUAAGUCUCAGGUCGAGAGUAUACAACAGCGCGCCAUGGAAUAUAUCGACAAAGCCAAGUUUUAAGAAAAUGAAAUUAAUUAUGUAUGUUUCAAACAAAUAAAU